CCACAGCGUGCGACAAUCAGACGUUUGUUUGCAAUCAGUCAUUCCGUAUACUUCACCUGAGAAAGUGCAACAUCAGCAGACCUCCGUCCAACACACACAUUACUUACGGCCACUGACAAGGGGAACACUUUGCUCUCGGCCCGAGCUCCACUCUGCCUAGUUACACCAAAUCACCAUUGCAUUCCUUACGCCUGUGCAGCACACAAGUAUGCUUACACACACACACUGACAUGCACGCCCAGACAUUAUCGUGACGGUGUGCAGGGGAGGCAGGGCUCUGGUUUCAUUGAGGCUGGACGCAGCUGCUAGGUUCAAGUCUCGUGUUUGCGUGCUUUGACUGCCCACCGCUCCACAUCGGUGAUCGUAUCUCUGAAGAUGGAGGCAACACGGUCAGACCUUUAUCGCAUGCUGACCGCCUAAGUGGAUUUGCCUUUACUUGAACACACACACCGUUUUGGAGGACUCCGGAGGGACAAUGUCUACAACAGAAAACAAAACUGCAAGCUUGUCCUGGGCGAGGCUCUGCAAGGAGUGCGGGCAGCAGCACGAGGGCCAGGAAAGCCACCUGUACGAGUAUCCCGAUGAUGUGGACGACGAGCUCGUGUGCCACAUUUGUCUGCAGCCCCUCAUCAGGCCUAUGGACACCCCUUGUGGACACACCUACUGCUUUGAAUGUCUGGCCAGUUUCUUGAAAGAUAAGGACUUCUGCCCCGUGGACCGCCAGCGGCUGCAGCUGAGCCAUUGUCGGCCGUCCACCCUGUUGGUCAGGAACCUGCUGGACAAGCUGGCUGUCAUGUGUCCUUACUACGCAGAAUGCCAGCAGCAGAUGCAACGCUGUGAACUUCAACCUCAUCUGCACAAUAGAUGCCCCGCUUUCAGGAGACUCCGGGACGAAGCGGAGAAAAGAAAGAGGCCCGCAUGGAACGAACUGAAGGGACGCAAAGGCGACGGCGAGUUGUCUGCUGACGCUAAACAUUCAGAAACGCCACCGCGCAGCGCCACCAGAGAUCUGACCGAUCCCGGGCUCAUUAACCCUGCCUACGAAGAAAGUGAGGAUGACAACACGCCGUUGCGCUCCAGCCUGGUGUCCGAGUCCAACGUGGUGGAGCUCUUCAGGGAGGAGGCAGAUGAAGAGCUGGGCCUGCGCAUCGUCGGCGGCAAAGACACGCCGCUGGGCAACAUUGUCAUCCAGGAGAUUGUACGUGACUCGCAAGCGGCUCGUGACGCCCGACUGGCGCCCGGAGACCACAUCUUGGAGGUGAAUGACAUCAGUCUGGCGUCCGUCCCUCACGCUCGGGCCGUCGCUGUGCUGCGCCAGCCUUCCCUCGUCAGGCUCACCGUCAUGCAGGAGAAAGGUUUCAAACCGAGGGAGACGCGCCCCGAUCAGCACCCAGCCUUGUCCGGCAGCGCCCACGGGAACGCCACCUCCGCUCACAACCCUGGCACUGUACUGCAAGUGACGCUGACCAAGAGUCAGCGCUCCGAACCGCUUGGCAUAAAGCUUAUCCGCAAAUCGGACGAAAGCGGCGUCAUCAUCCUGGACCUGCUGUCGGGAGGGUUGGCAGCCAAGGACGGCAAACUGAAGAACAAUGACAAAGUCUUAGCCAUCAAUGGACAGGACUUGAGGCACGGUACACCUGAGAGUGCCGCCCAAAUCAUACAGGCCAGCGAGGUGCGUGUCAACUUUGUAGUCUUGAGGCAAGCAGAGACUCAAGACGAAGGAGGACCACAAGGCCGAGGGGCCAGGAGGGUGCCUGAGCCGCAGUAUUUCAGGCGGCGCUCCACCUACAUGAAGGACCCUCCCGGUGGCUUUUCCAGUCAGGAGAAGACGGUGAGCCUGAAGAAGGACCCUCGUCUUUCUCUGGGAAUCACCAUUGCCGGCGGAAGAGACUGCCGAAGCCGCCUGCCCGUCUACAUCACCAGCGUGCAGCCUAUUGGAUGCCUGCAUCGAGACGGCACCAUCAAACGAGGGGAUGUCCUGCUGAACAUCAACGGCGUUGACCUGACUCAACUGACGUACAGCGAGGCCGUUUCCACGCUGAAGGCGCAGGCCGCUCAGCCGCAGGUGGCGCUACGUGUCAUCCAGACCAUUUCGGAAGAAUCGCAGGAGGACGCCGAGGCCGGCGGCGGCAACGACAGGUCUGACGGCUUAGAGAACGCACGGGAAGACGCUUACAACUGGACGCCGCUGUGGAUAAGAUGGCUGGGCUUACCGAGCCACAUGCACUGGUGUCGAGACAUCGUCCUGCAGAAGAGCAACAAUGAGAGCUGGGGCUUCAGCAUCGUCGGAGGCUACGAGGAGACUCACGGCCAGCAGCCUUUCUUCAUCAAGACCAUCGUACCGGGCACACCCGCUCACUUUGAUGGCCGCCUCAAGUGCGGCGACGAGAUAGUGGCGGUGAACGGCGCCACGACGGUGGGCAUGAACAACUCGUCGCUCAUCCCAAUGCUCAAGCUGCAGAAGAAUAAAGUGACGCUGACUGUGGUGUGCUGGCCCGGGAGUCUGGUCUAGCCAACAGACUCACUAAUUGGGAAGCAUUCUGCGCACAAAGCAGCAGGUAACUCCCCCUCAACUCCACAUGUGCCAGUGUGCCGCGACUCAGAGGUGUUAAAAAAAAUGUCCUCCUUUUUUUUUCUUUUUUUUUUUGACUGGUCGUUGUAUACAGUGGCGUCUGACAAAUGGAUUAGAAAGUUAUACUCAGACUUACGAGACAUUGUCUCCUCUGUCCGUGUUAACUUAUAUCGACUGUCUCUGGCUUUGCUGCGUAAAACCUUAUCUUUGAGAUAUCCCCAUUUCAAAAAAAAAAAAAAAAAAGAAAUGAUGGGAGGUUGGAGGAGCAUGUAGGCACUUUCAGCAUAACUUCGAUACUUUUGUAACGUUUCACACAAUCAGGUAACUUCAUGACAAAAUGUCUUUCUUCAAAAGUUAAGAUGCCAUUAUGUAGGAUUCUCUGAAUAUGAAACAAAAACAAAAAUUAGAUCAGGAACCAACAGCCAAAGAGUGAGUUUUCUUCUUUUUUUUUUUCUUGGGUAUUUGGUAACUAUUAGUUUGACCAGGGUGAAAACGUGAUGGCAAUCUGUGACAAAGCCCAUCAACAGGAGGACUUUGAAUUAUUUGGAGCACAUUUUUUGAAUUGGAAAAAAACUCCAUGAAGGAUUCAUGAUGGCUGCUCGUGACCAAAUCCGAACGGCUCUUGACUGCAAAGACCAAAGUGUCCACUUUUACUGCACUUUUCUCAAAGCCAUCACAGUGACUGCUUCUUUUAGAGGCGUCGGGGGAUGCUCAAGCCACUAUGGGGGUCUUGACUUUGAAAGUUCCUUACAAUGCAAGAAGACUCACUUCGUGCACCUUUGUAUCUGUGUGACAUCAUAAUUGUGUUCUCGCUUUGACACUCUUGUGUCCAUUCCCUUAUAUUUAUUCACAUUUAUGGGUGCAUCUCAAUAAAAUGGAAAAUGUGAAAUAGCUAUCGCUGUAUAUAGAUCCACUUAAUGCUGGGAUUUUAUUAUUUUUAAUUUUGAUUAUAUCUUUGAAAACAUUUGGUUCAGCAUAAUUUUAAAAGGAGGUAUCAAGCAAGGAAUUGGCCUCCUGAAAAUUCUGUUCCUUUGUGUUUAAUGAAUCUGUAUAAUGAGUGUCAUGUACUGAAUUCAGCUACUAAAAUAAAUGGACUUUUCUGCUAUGUUCUAAAUAAUUGAGAUGCACCUGAAUGUGGUCACUUGUUGUUAGGUGGCUCACUUGAAUGUAAAUUUGCGCUUCAAUAAAAACAAACGACAACCCGGCACCAAUUUUGGUAUAAUACAGAGUUAUCCGAUCUGAGCGGCUGUGAUUUUGAUGUCGCUUUGGAUACAAUAAAAAGCACUACAGUGAGUGGUGGAAAAUUAUCAACUCAA